AUGUUCUCCCAUGCGGCCAUGCUUUAUACGAUCCGAUCGAUUCCUCCUUGUGCCGGUAUCCGGGUUCUAACAUUAGAUGGUGGGGGUGUUAGAGGUAUCAUCGAGCUCGUGAUAUUGAAGCGCUUGAUGGAUAUAACUGGACUCGGGAUUAACAUUGGCUAUUUUUUUGACUUGAUUGUUGGUACAAGCACUGGUGGGCUUAUCGCACUAGGACUAGGCCUACGCGGCCUCAGUCUCGAUACCAUGUUCCAAGAGUUUACUAACAUCUGCGAAAACACAUUUUUCGGACCAUUAGGUCAAACUGUUAAGAAAAUAGGAUUUGCCUUUAACUGGUACGAUAGUUUGUACAGUACUGAAUAUCUUAAAACGCGGGUGAAGGAAAUUCUAUCUAUCGACGGGAAAGAUCUGUCUAUGUUUGGCAGCCCUAUGCAGACUGGAAAACAACCGAUUACGCAUGUUGGCGUAACGACUGUAAAGAAAGGAGAAAUCGCUAGUACAGUUGCAAAUUACAACAGGACAGUCCCAGAACAACGACCAGACUUUGAAAGAGAGGACAAUGAUGAACAAGAUCUUGCAGCAUGGGAAGCGGGACUCUGUACGUCUGCUGCACCUGUUUACUUUAGCCGCUACGUCAGAUCGGGUCCAAGUCAAGACUUCUAUAUAGAUGGUGGUGUAAAGAAUAACAAUCCUAUCAACUGGGCAUUAAACGAAGCCAAACAGAUAUGGCCGGAACUCAAGGACUCAAAGCGAACGGAUAUUUUGCUGUCAUUAGGGACAGGAAAAUUCGAAAAUUACACGCUGUGGGAACCAUCUUUCGUUUUUAAUCGAAGCUGGGUCAGAGACAUAAUCCAAGCCUUCCUACAAAACUUGAACGGAGAGGUUGUAUGGGAGGAAUUUAAACAAGACAAAGGGGCAGAAAAGUACGACACUAAAACGCAUCAUCGCCUUAACGCUAAUCUACCGAUUAAAAGAUGUAAACUCGAUGAUGUGAGGCAGCUUAAGGUUCUACAAGAAGAAACAGAACGCUAUUUCGAUCCUAUGACCCCAAAAGGUGGUUACCGAUAUUUACAUUCUGUUGCACAUCGUCUACUUGCCAAAUUAUUCUUUUUUCAAGCUACGUCCCGCCCGCGACAUGACAAGGGGAAAGGGGCUACUUUAUUACAUCUUCCUGGAGUUAUUCGAUGUCGACUCGAUAAUCAUUCAACCGAAGUCAAGACCCUAGUAGCCAAAAUAGCUUACUUUUUCUCUUCGAAUCAGGACUCACUCUUGGAUGCAGUCAACGAGAACAAUAAGCUUCCCUUCAACCAGGAUACUGUCAGAAGGGUUAGGGGUCAUGAUGCUAUCUUUGAAGUAAAUCAUAUAAUCACUACAUCAAACAUUAAAUCAUGGCAAGCGGUAUAUAUCAGAUUUCAUGACGACAAAGAAUAUUACCCAAUUAGCGGGUUUCCUUGUAGGAUGGACGACCUCCUCAGUAGAGUAGGAGAUGAUAGGUACCACGACACUGAACUGCCUUACCCUAUCCCGAAGCCCACGAAGCCGGCUAUGAACGAUCAAACCGCAUGGCACCAGCCCAAUGCCCAAACUAGAUAUGCACAAGGCUCACGAAUUCAGGAUACAGGUAGAGUCCUUCCAAAACCUGGAGAACCGAGCUACCGCGGAGCGGAAGCGCCACAAUCCCAAUCUACUCAACGUGAGGAUGUUUAUAGGGAGGACAACUAUUUACAGACGGUGCAGGGCCCAAGCGGUGGCGUUGGACUACCAAGCUCCCAAGUUCAAUUUCAGGUUCAGGUUCAGGCUCGGCCUCAAGGUCAAGGUCAAGCGCCACGACCGUACACCUAUUCAUCAUCCACCCAGCAGGAUAUCGAAAGAAGAAGAGGGGGGUUUCGGGGAUUUUUCGAAAAUGAAGAACGCGUCCCGCGAAGACUCUGA